AUGCUUGAUAUUCCUCUUAACGUCGAGGACUGGUCGCCGUGGUCCUACGAAGACGCGUUCAAGGGUUAUCAAAAAAUCGUCAUUGGCAAGCCACCUCCCGUAGUCCCAACUACUUAUAAGUUGCCCUUUGGUAAUGUCCAACGGCAAUGGGUACGACGCCAAGGGGAUGUGUUACGGGUUAAAUCAAAGGUGCUACACUCGAAAGAGCUUGCGGACGUGGAAGCAUCGUUCCAAAAGGCGGUUCCAAUGUCACCUACUCGUAUGGAACCUUUAAACGAAUCAGAUCUUAUCGCGGCUUUGGAAAGAGCUCUAUCUAGUCAUUGUGCCUCAGAUAAGGAAUAUCUGGAGUACGCGGCAUACAGUGCACAUCACCCACAACGUCGGUUGGCACUGGGAUUGCCUGAACAUCCUCUCAUUAUCAACGAACGAUUAUCAAGAACCCGCCACCACAUACGAGGCAUCCACUCUAGUCUCGUCUAUUUUAGUCUCGGUCAGUCUUUCGACUUCAUCCACAAAGGUGAAGUCGAUCUUCAAUCUGCUACCUACCUUUGGCAUGGUCAUGCGAUCGUCUGGGUAGUCGUGUCGCCGAGGCAUUCUACAAAAUUGGAGUCGCGCAUGGUAGAACAUCUCGGUGUACAGCAUAAGUGCAGUCAAUUUGUACGUCACGAACAAAUCAUCGUCCUUCCAUCUACUCUGCGGUCCUGGGGUAUUGAUUUUAGUAUUUUUAUGCAGCUCCCCGGGGAUGCUGUGAGGACUGACUACCAGACGUAUCGCUAUCUGUGGAAAACGGGCCCUAAUUUGUUGGAGACUGUGAGUUGCUGCGAGGCAGACUGGGGCCUUCCACCACCGAUAUACGUGUACUGCGCGAAAGGAGACGCCAAAUGCGGCACGUGCUCCCGUGUCACCGCUGCCGCCAUGGAGAUUACCGAACCCCGACCAUUAGAGAUAUGCGAAUCCUCAGACGAAGAUGAGAUAAAUGCUGGAGCUGGGGAAUCCGAUCAACAAAGUUAUCGCAUCUUCGAGGACGCUAUGCUUAACACUGAGAAAUGUCAGCAGGAAGCAGCCAUGCCCGUAGACGGCCACGGUCUACUGAACAGAGAGAUAAAGGGAACUUCCGAUAAUACCCAAGGGGAUCCUAACGGCAUAGGCGUCCCGCAUAUAAGCCCUCUCGAAAACCCCGGUGCCCCAUUUUCGCCGCCCCUGGCCAGUUCGAACUCGACGGCUCUCAGCAGUAUUCAUCCAAGUCUUCCAAAACCGCAUAGCCACGUGGAUGAUCCUGAUGAUUUAUAUUCGAGCUUGUUUCUUUCAUCUCCCGACAAUUCCUCUAAUGCCAGCGGCAGCCUUGGAAAAAGUCGGAGUAUUUCACCUGGGAGUGACCACUACAUUUCGACAGCUCAUCUCUCCGCGCGGCGACUCCCUGCGCCCCCUCCGCCUAGGACGGUCACUACUUCGUCGCUCAACUCGCCGGAGGAUAUAUCGGAGGGCGAUAUAGGGGACAGCAGUUCUGAGCUUGAAUCCAAUGGUCCCGGUGAAGACAGACAUCUAGAUAGGGGGGAGCACAAUGAGGGUUCGCUAGCUGGAGGCAUCUCCAUUCCUCAACAAGGUUCACCACCAACUCCCUCCGGGUUUCUCCCAGAAGGCAGCAUCUUAGCCCCUUCGAUUCUAGGGGGCUCACUUGAUCAAUCAUUGGCGCUGAGAUCGUCCUCCGCAGUCGAUGUUAUCUCUAUCACAAGCAGUCCGGUGCCGGCAGAGGUCGAUGAAACAGAAGGCUACUCCAGAACGGCCCUUAGUCCUGGAAAGGCAGCACGCCUUCGAAGCAUCAAUUCUGAUACGCCGGGUAUGCAAAUUGUCCAGGACAUUGAAGACUUGAUUGAGGUUGGCGUCCAGAACUGGAAGGGCAUUGGGUGGAGAACGGUUCGACCCGAAGACACCGAAAAGAUUUUGACGAAAUUUCGACCCGACGAAUGGCUGAACGACGACACAAUCAUGGAAAUACUCUACCGCUUAACCAGCAAACGCGACGAUGUGCACGUCGUUCAAAGUCACGACUUUAGCGCCGCGUACGAGAAGGGCGAUACCAAAAGAGUACGCAGGUGGAAGUCACCCUCGAUCGUCUUGAUUCCUGUGUACCAACCAUCACACUGGUUUCUUGUCAGUCUGAACUUUGAACAUCGUAGAAUUACUAUGCACGAGAGGGAGGAGAGAGAUUACCCAGAAAUUAAGUUCUUUGUCUCGUCGCUGGUUGACAAAGUGGAAGAAUGGACGGUAGAGCAUCAAUGUACUCUCAAGAACGACGGCAAUAAUUGUGGCAUAAUCUUACUUAAAGAAGCUGAAGCUGUUCUCAACCCAAUCAUGGAAGACUUCCAGGACUUUAACCUCCUAAGAAAACGAUAUUUACUUGUUAUCCUCGAUGAUAUUAUGGAAGGGCAUCGCGAGGCUCCCGUCGACGAACCGAGUAACACCGCCGUAAAUGGCACUAAUUCUCCCAUAUCAAAUGCCGCGACUCAGAAGUCCCCUGUCGUGCAGCCCGGUCAACGCAAGAAAUCCGCCAAAAAGGGUAAACCUAUUCAACACAAGAAAUCCGCCAAAAAGGUGAACCUGGAUUGCCUUGCCUCCGCGCUCGGGGGCAAAGAAGUGCUGCAAGACUUUCAAGACAUGGUCAUCAUAUUGCGCGACAUGCCCAGAAAAGCUGGCUCUGACAUUGACAUGGCACUGCGUAUGCACGAUGAUGCUAGGGGCUAUCAGACGUCUCGCUCAGAACUCAGAGAUUCCUCAGACGACCUAUUGCAGAACUCCAAGUGGAACGUCGACAUUGCACUCCAGCUCUACAAUCACGAGAAUCCGUCUACGACAUCUUCGGCCCCGGAAGAAUGUCCUGGAGACACUCCAUCGAUUGGUGGUGACAAUGUCCAGACUGCCCUGCGCCUGUUCAAUCGAGGGCGAGGCUAUCAGAUGUUGGGUGCGCUUCAAAAAGAUAUUGCAGCACUUCAUAUCUCCCGGCUCUUCCGUAUUCUCACGGACGAGUUUCGCGAAGGCGCCAACGAACGUAAAAACGCCAAGCGUCGCAAAUAUAAUCGGAAACCACCACCUCCUGGGGAGCCAGGGAAGGGUGCUGACUCUUACGCUUACAAGAAGCUUCUUCAUGCCUCUGCUUCUCGAGAUACUUUACGGACUACGGAAGAUUUAAAAAGCGCGAACAGUCGUGGCUCACGUCUUCUACAGUACGAAGCCGUCUGUGGCCGCAACCACCCUCUGUGGAUGCUCCUGCCUGCCCGAAGCGUUCAAUGUUCCUUGCACCUUUCGUGUACGGUCAAGCAUUCUGAAUAUCGCAAGCUCGACGAAGAGCAAACACAGGUAUUGGUGGAUCACGUGAAAACACAGCACCCACGGUUGUGGGAAUCUUUGCCAAAGCUCGAACAGGAGACCGCGCGUAUUUUUCGCGGCGAGCCAAUCGAGCUCCAGUUCCUGCAAGCACUAGAAGAGGUUCUCGCUGCAUCUCCACGGAGCACAUCUCCCUCACCUUUUUGA